AUGCGUGAGUUAUGGAACAUUGGCAAACGUGAAGUCUCGCUUGAAUGGAAUCGGUAGAAGAAUCAUCCAAGUUACUGACAAAUCGCCAGGUUCUCAGGAGUUUAAUUGUCAUCAAUACUUCAGAUACGUUUCAUGAGGGCUUGAGCUUUGUAAAUCCUCAAGUAAACAUAGAAGGGAAUGAUAAAGAUUACUGCAUUCAUAUAAAGUAGAGUAUGGCCGACAAACGUAAACUACAAGCUGAAAUAGACAGAUGCCUUAAGAAGGUGAAUGAAGGGGUUGAAGCAUUUGACGACAUUUGGCAAAAGGUUCAGUCAGCCUCAAAUAGUAAUCAAAAAGAAAAAUAUGAGGCAGAUCUCAAAAAAGAAAUAAAGAAACUUCAGAGGUUGAGAGACCAAAUUAAAUCAUGGGCAGCAUCUAAUGAUAUAAAAGAUAAGAAACCUCUCCUAGAACACAGGAGGCUAAUCGAAACUCAAAUGGAAAGGUUCAAGGUAGUUGAAAGGGAAACAAAAACCAAGGCUUACUCAAAAGAAGGUCUUGGACAAGCAAAUAAAGUAGACCCAGCAACAAAAGAACGAGAAGAAUGCAGAGAGUGGUUAAAUGGCUCUAUAGAUCAUAUAAAACUUCAGAUUGAUCAGUUUGAAUGUGAAAUUGAAAACCUGCAGCCUGGAAAUAAGAAGAAAAAGAUAGACAGAGAAAAAACAAUUAAAAUUGAAGCGCACAGGGAGCGAAUAGAAAAACACAGAUUCCAUAUAAGAAAUUUAGAGCUCAUAUUGAGGCAUCUGGACAAUGAGAGUUUAGAGGUUGACACGGUGAACAAGUUAAAAGAAGACGUAGUUUAUUACAUUGAAAAUUGUCAGGAACCCGAUUUUUUGGAUGAUGAAGAACUUUACGAUGACUUUGAUCUUGAGUCGGACCUAGCACUGUCUGCAGAAUUAGUACGAUCGCCAUCAGAAAACAACAAGGAUGACGACGAUGAUAUUCCGUCUCCGGGUUCAUCUGUAAGCUCCUCAUCUGGCUACAUGGCAGGGGCGGCCAACUCCCCGUCUUCAAAGUCAAAUCCCAAUGUGAACUCCCCAAGAAAAUCUAAAUCAUCGUCUACUUCAUCAAAUAAUGGCACAACAACGACAAUCACAACAACACCAAACAGCAGUAGUGCAGUCACAACAACCACAGUUGCAGCAGCUGCAACGACCACAAGUUCUCGGACAAAGUCAUUCUCAACAGUAACAACAUCAGCAACCUCGUCAUCGUCACCGCCAGGUAUAAUUACAACAGCAACAAUAACAACAUCAUCAUCUCCUUCUCCACCAUUGUCGUCUACACUGCUAGCAGACUCCCCAUCUACGACACCAAUCUCCUUGCCGUUGUCAUCCGUCAGCAGCGCGUUCUCGAGCACUAAAACUGCAACUCUCACUUCCUCGAGUAAAGCCGUUGGACCACCGCAAGUAACCCCAUAUGCAGUAGCUGCAGGAGCUGUCCAGCCAAGUCCAAUCUCGCAAAAACCCUUAAGUCAACAGGUACAGGCAAUAAACCCGUCACCAACACAAAUUGUUACGUCAUCAGUUAGCAACCACGUCGACAGCGCACAGUACCCAGCUCUUUCAAUUGCACGAAGUACAGAAUCAAAGUUACCUGAGGGAUUCAGCACCUUAACUGCGUCACAACAAUCGACAGUCCAGUGUUCCGUACCUAUGUCAAGUAUCCAGUCAGAAGACGUGAUCGAAACGAUUCUGACGUCAUCCGCACUAGACUCCUCGACACAACCUACCGAAUCCAUAACAGCGUUUAGCCAGAGUGGAGUUUCUAUUGCUAGUAGUUUGGCAGCCUCGAUAGCAAUGAAUCACAGCCCGGCAGACAGCAUAACUGUGGCACCCCCCGGGUCACUGAGCGAUCCACUUCAUCUACCAACUGACUAUGGAACGAAAUCUAGGAUGUUUGAUGGUACAAAUGCAUCAUCUGUUCCAGGAACGACAAAACCUCCCCCACAAACCCAAGAGGUUCAUUUGCAGCCCUUACUGGGAGUAGCGCCUCUAGGACAUGUGCCUCUAGUGAGGGGAAGAAUGAACCAACUGAAUAUGCUUGAAGCCGCAUUUCAUCAUUUGCCACAGCGCCAGGAUUGUGAGCGAAUGAAGCCCAGGAAUGCGGUUCCAAUCGCGCCUUACCAUCACCACCCACCACCCCCGCACAUCGACACACUUGAAUUCUUCCAAAAACUUGCUACAGAGACUUUGUUUUUUAUAUUUUACUAUCAGGAGGGCACAAGGGCUCAGUAUUUAGCUGCAAAGGCUCUGAAAAAACAGUCUUGGAGAUUUCACACUAAAUAUAUGAUGUGGUUUCAGAGGCACGAAGAACCUAAGACAAUAACUGAUGAAUAUGAACAGGGAACAUACAUAUUCUUUGACUAUGAAAAAUGGAGCCAACGAAAAAAAGAAGGUUUCACGUUCGAGUACAGGUAUCUAGAGGACAAGGAUUUACCCUAGGGGAUGUUUCUUAUAUUAGGUCAUCAUCAUAAUCAUACCGAGCAUUGCUCGUGGUUUCCAAACGUUGAUAAUUUAGUAAGCUAUGAGUCAUAUGGAAGUUUAUGGUAUAAAACUUGUAUUGUUCUGUAUAGGCCGCUGUACAAUUUGUAAAAUGGAUAUUGACAAUAAUUUUUAUUAUAAUGUAGCAUGCACUGUCGCGGAUGGGUGCCAUAUUUUUGUAUAUUAAGAUGGUACAGGUUAAGAGAAUAUUUGCAUUUUCUCACAUUUUGUUCAUUGUGCCUGGUUUUAAUUGCAGAUUUCUAUAAUGAAAAAUUGUUGUUUCGGUUAGUCCAUUCCAGAGUAUAAUGUAAACUAGAACAUUGUUCGAAAUAGAGAAAUGUGUCGUUGCUUGGUGUUUAA